AUGUGUACAAUAACAAAGUCCAUAAACACGCCGAUACCAGUAUUUGGGAUUGAAGGACGAUACGUAUCUGCGCUAUAUAGCGCUGCGCUUAAAACGAAACAAAUAGAUGAAGUAGAAAAACAUAUUCGUGCUUUCGAAAAAGAACUUGUUAAACCAAAAAUACUAGAAUUCCUCGAAACGGGCAUGAUUUCUUCAACUGAAAAAGCAAAACUUUUAAAGGAAGUCGGUGAACAAACAGGAAUGCCUCCAACAGCAGUGAAUUUUUUAGUAAUCGUAGCCGACAACGGUCGCUUGAAUUUAUUGAAGCGUAUCAUUAAAAUGUUCUUCGCGGUCAUGCAGGCUCAUAGAAAUGAGGCUUUAUGCGAAGUUAUAACCGCUAAGCCUCUUGACGAAGAGUCACGCAGAGCCCUUAUGGAUGCCCUUAAAAAGUUUGUAAAGGAAAAAAAUAUUCAACUCACUGAAAAAGUAGAUCCAAAGAUUAUAGGAGGCGUAAUAGUUGGUGUAGAAGAUAAACACAUCGAUAUGAGUAUUUCAAGGAAGAUUCAAAUGUAUACUGAUAUUAUUAAACAAUCAGUCUAAUGUA